AUGGCGAACGCGAGCGACCCCGGCGGCCCGCCGCUGCCGCUGCAGGACUCGGUGCAGCUGGCGGCGCUCGGCGCGAUGCUGUGCGCGAGCGUGGCGGGGAACGCGCUGCUGUGCGCGCUCGUGUUGAAGGACAGCGCGCUGCACCGCGCGCCCUACUACCUUCUGCUGGACCUGUGCGCGGCGGACGCGGCGCGCGCCGCCCUCGGUUUCCCCGUGGCCGCGGCGACGGCGACGGCCGGGGCGCGCGGGCGCCCGUGGGCCUGGACGUGGACGUGGGCGCACGCGUGGUGCCGCGCGGCCGCAGCGCUCGCCGCGCUCUUCUGCUUCCACGUGGCCUUUGUGCUGCUGGCCGCGAGCGUCACGCGUUACCUGGCCAUCGCGCACCACCGCUUCUACGCCAAGCGCGUGACUCCUUGCGCGUGCGCGGCGCUCGUGGCCGCCGCGUGGGCGCUCUCGGCCGCCGCCGCGCUGCCGCCGGCGCUGGAGGCGAGCGCGGGGGCGUUCCCGCGAGACCCCGAGCACUGCGCCCUGGGCCACGCGCCCGCUCGCGCCGGCGACGCGCUGGGCCUGGCGCUCACUCUCGCGUGCGUGGUGGGCGCCACGCACGCCGUGUACGCCAAGAUGCUGUGCUUCGUCUACGGACACCGGAAGAUGAAGCCCGCGCAGCCCGUUCCCGCGGUCAGCCACAACUGGACGUUCCACGGACCCGGCGCUACGGGCCAAGCGGCCGCCAACUGGAUCGCGGGCUUCGGCCGAGGGCCCACGCCGCCCGCGCUGGUCGGAGUUAGGCAGGCGCCGCGCGACGCCGGCCGCAGGCUCCUCGUGCUCGACGAGUUCAAGACGGAGAAGCGCAUCGGGAAGAUGUUCUACAUGCUCACGCUCGCCUUCCUGCUGCUGUGGGCGCCCUACGUGGCGGCGUGCUACGCGCGCGUCUUCGCCGAGGGCGGCGCCGUGCCGCACGUCUACCUCACCGCGGCCGUGUGGCUCACGUUCGCGCAGGCGGCCGCCAACCCCAUCAUCUGCUUCGCUUUCAACAAGGAGCUGCGCGUGCGGCUCAGGGCCUGCUUCCCCUGCUGCGUCACCACACAGACCCCGAUGGAGCCGUACUGUGUGAUCUGAUCAGAGAGAGACCGGCCUGCACAAACUC